AUGUUGGCGAGCGAUGCCUCCUCCAAAUCGAUGGAAAAGUUAUGGUGCAAUCUGUUUGAAGAUCAUGGUAGAGGAGACGGUGGGCGGAGCAUGGUCUACGGUGUGGAAUACGGUACCUAUGGACUGGGGAUAUGGGGGACGUUGGGGUUGGGACUGUGGACAGAGCACAUCAUGCCCACUGCCACCCACCAUAUGGAUAACGAGGCUGAGGAUCCAAAGGAGGAGGACGUUCCGCGAAAACGAUGCCGUGUUUCUUCGACAUCCCCUAGCAACGCUGAAAGAUCUCCAUCUUCCCUUCCACGUCCAUCCAGCGCCGGCCAACCGCAUACACCGUCCCCUCCGGCUGCGCAAAGACUGCCCGGUCUCAAAGCACAAUGGUUAGCGAAGGAGCGUGAGCGCUCAGGUGUGCGGGAUAUGUGGAAAGAAGAGGAGGAGUGGGCGAAGAGUGUGGAGGGCGCGACGAUGGAUCGGGAGGAGGCUACGCGGUUGUGGAGGUUCUCCGGGCCGGAGAUCAGGGAGCAGGAGGUCUAG